AUGGAACAGAUCAUGCAGCAGGCCAGGGCCGCAGAAGCUCAAGUCAUACCAGAGGUGGGGGAGCGAGUCGGAGCAAGCACUUCGGUAGCCAUCGCAACAGCAUCGUCAGGAGGAGUGGCACGAUUCCAGCGACUUCCCAACAUCAUGCAGAAUGUGUCGGGCGGUGGGUUUUCGCUUGUGAACUGGGAAGCCCGAUUCGGCACACAGGAGGCGUAUCAGCUUGCGGAUGCGGGUUGUGGGAUUGUCUACCUGGAACUUCCACGCAGCGACUGCGAUUUGCAGGAGUUGAUCAGUGCCUGGUAUUAUCAAGCGCACACGCAUGCCCUUAUCCUGGAACAGGACCUACUGCUCCUUCAGCUUUUGGACGAUUUCCUCAUCGAGGCAAGUCGACGGUGCAGGUCAGGCUUCGACAGCCAGUUCGAGUACGAGUGUUUGUGGAAGGGAGCCCGAGGUCUAAGACCGGUUGGACCUGGCGCCUUUGGAUUCGAGACUAAUGGAGACUCCCAUGGAAAAAAGGAUGAAGAGCUACGGGUAUGGAAUGCCUUCAAGCAGACGCCUCCAACGGAGACCACGGGGGCAGAGACUGAUGCUCUCGAUAAAGACUGCCCAUCAAAAACCACCGACCUGGGUAAAGGCCAGAAUUCACAGUCAUCGGGCAAUGGCAAUGGUGGGCAACAGCUGGGCAAGAAGGGCGACUUCCAGACUCCGUGGCGAGGCGGUCAGUGGGGUCGUCAGCGAAACCAAUGGGGCCAAUGGCCACAAGACGGGACAGAGGGUGCCGAUGUUGAGGCGCUGAAGGCGCUGCUCAACCAGGUUGCGCGCCUGUGUCUUCGCCAUGAGGACUCGACCAACCUUUGGCGGGCGGAGAGCUCGGACGUGCUCUUCAUUCGCACGAGGAUACCUGGAUCUCUGGUCCCAGCGCUGUUCUCGGCUAAGACAGAGUGGCAGGCUUUGAAGCAGGAAUCACCGGACAAAGUGCAUAGGACCGUCGCACACUACCUUGAUGGCCAAUUCUUGAGCCAUAGCAUUGCGGCGAAGGCAUACUCCACCGAUACGGUGCAUGGUUGGCGUCACAUUGUGCGAAUCCACCGCCGCUACGACUCGUUCGUUCGCUUUCAGAGAGAGGCGGUCCUUCAGGCUCUGGAGGACGAGGAGGAUUGGAACUUGAAGCACCCGCCGUAG